AUGGAGCAUAUCACAAACAUUAAUGAAAAUGUGGCACGAAAUCAACAAACUAUCACACUUACCAACGAACAAUUGGAAUUACUCCUCAAUGAAUUUGUUUCGAAGAUCAGAACAGAAGAAGCAGACAGAAGGCAAGACGAUAACAAUGAACUCCCUUCCAGCAUCCUAUCCGAAAUGGAAGAAACUCCCUCGGCUGACAUGCGCAUCACGAUCAAACGAUACGCACGGGAUAUCCCCUUCUAUGAUGGUGGAUCCUGGACAAGAUCAGAAGUCAUCAACAAAAGUUUUGUUAAUUACCUCAAGAGAUACAAAGUGGGUGCCCAUUCAACCGUUUCCCAAAAAUACAAAGAUGCUGAUAGACUUAGACUUGCAGCCAGAGUGUUAUAG